UUCAUUCUGCACGGUUCAGGGCUGAUUUGGUGGAACCUUUUAUAAUCACAUGCCUUUCUGCAGCUUGCCUGAAUUUGAUCACAGUAGCUGAUUUCAUGCAUUGAUAAUGAAGCCUUUAGGUUGCUUUUUUUGUCUGCAUAAUUUCACAUCAGGCGUCUGGUGUGACACAGUUCUAUGUUUCAGUCCCUGCAUAAAGACACAGCUCUGUAAUUGCUUUGCUUUCUUUACAAAUGACUCAGUACGCGUUUCUUCUCCCUUAAAAAUGUUGCCAGCGUGUAAAGGAUUUUCAAUGAGCAGUGAGAUGAACCAGCAUCUCAGAGGGUUGUGACUGCAUUGAUUUGAAACUGCUCAGACACGGAGAUGGUCGGUGCCAGAGCAUAGUUCUUUAGAUUAUACUCUUCACCUACUGGAAGUUCCCUCUGUCCAACUUGGUCGCUGUUUGCUGCUACCUAAGCAUAGACUUAUUCAUUGCUAAAAUGUGGAGUGGAUUUUCCCGUCGAGGGAUAUUUGGCAACCCAUGUCACACGACCACACUUCCAGCGCUUGUUCGGACGCCCAGCCUUAUGAUGCAGCCUUCUCUGGAUAUGAAGCCUUUUGUAACAUUUCCCAUGGACAGCAGUCCGGCUGUUGGCCUCUUCCCAAACUUUAAUACAAUGGAUCCUGUGCAAAAAGCUGUGAUCAACCACACAUUCGGUGUAUCGAUUCCCCCAAAGAAAAAACAAGUUAUUUCUUGCAAUGUCUGCCAGCUUCGCUUUAAUUCAGAUAGCCAAGCCGAGGCACACUACAAAGGCACUAAACAUGCGAAGAAGCUCAAAACGCUAGAAGCAUCGAAAAACAAGCAAAAAAUUGUUUCCCUCAAGGACAGCGCCAAGGCUAUUACAAGCUCAACAGCCAACCACAAAUCAGGUGACGAGGAAAAAGUCUGUAGUGCAGUGAGCCUUGGCAUUGCAGAAAUCAAGUCGCUCAUUGCCAAGUCUGAAGUAGCGCUAACUGCAGUGAUGCCAGCAACACUUGUAAAGAGCACAAACGGCACUACAAACAUUAAUUCUGAAUCAGAGGAAGAAAAAGCCAAGAAACUAUUGUACUGUUCACUAUGCAAAGUUGCGGUCAAUUCCUUGUCCCAGUUAGAUGCGCACAACACAGGCUCUAAACACAAGACAAUGCUUGAAGCACGAAAUGGUGCUGGUCCCAUCAAGUCUUACCCCAGGUCUGGAUCUCGACUAAAGCUUCAGAAUGGUAGCAAAGGGUCAGGAUUACAGAACAAAACCUUCCAUUGUGAAAUCUGUGAUGUACAUGUCAACUCAGAAGUACAGUUAAAGCAGCAUAUCUCUAGUAGGCGGCAUAAGGACAGAGUAGCAGGAAAACCCAUGAAGCCCAAAUAUAGCCCAUACAACAAACUCCAGCGUAGCCCAAGCAUUUUAGCAGCAAAACUUGCAUUCCAAAAGGACAUGAUCAAGCCUUUAGUGCCGACCUUUCUUUCAUCUCCACUGGCAGCUGCUGUAUCCUCCACACUUUCCCUGCCACCUCGUCCAGCCACUUCUCUGUUCCAGGGGUCGGCAUUACCCCCAGCUUUUAUAAGAUCAGGACACGGCUCCAUCCGAGCGACUACUGCAUCCAUUCUAUUUGCACCGUAUUAGCUUCAAUGGCUGCACUACGGGAUGAGAAGCUGGUGGAGGACAAAGCGACGGAAUCCACGUGUGCUCUCCUGAAAACGGAUAUGCUGGGAAACUAUGAUGAGGAGAAGCACAGAGGCUUGCCCACUUUAUGAUAUUUAUAAUUUAUCAAAGCACAGACACGGAAAUAACUGCAGUACGUGUGGAUGUUGAACACAGAGAGAGUAUUUAAGAUUACACAACAUAUUUUCCUCACUUGUCUGUGAUCUGUUUAAAAAUUUAUUUUUCCUGGCAGACUUGAAAGAUUUGAAAUGUUUGGAAUCCAAAUGCCCAUAUUCCAGUGUUGAACAUGCAGAGAGAAACAAAAACAAGCUCUUUAUUGUGGGUCCCACCAAAUUCCGUGGAUUACAUGAAGUAUUAUUAUGUGUGGCAACAAGUGGCUUGCAGGGAAUUGUGUAGUAUUGUUUUAGACUCAUAUACUGUUGUGUUUUGCAUAGUUCUAGGCUCUAGGUUCUGCUUACCUGUUAGGCAGUAAAUACUCUUUGUUACGGUUGGGAAGUGGUUCGGCUUUAAUGCAAUCCCCCCCCCCCACUGCAAAUGUUUUUCUUCUUUUUUUUGAUAGAUGAUCCAAACUAGAAAAGCCAUAUGAUAUCAAGUUGUCAUAAUAUAUUUUAUUUUUAUCUAAUUUAUUUUAUAGCAUUCUCUCUAAAUAAUUUAUGAGAUAUACUACUAUAACGCAAACGCAAAAUGUACAGAAGAGAAGAGUCUAAUUUCUAAAUAAUGUUAUAGUAGUUUAAAGUCGGAAUUCUAUGAGAAGACGCAAAGGUUUUGUUUGUUUUAUACACACACAGGAGGACUGGCAGCUUGGUUGACCGUCUUGAUCCAAAAUGGUGAUCUAUGGUGAUAUAGCAUUUCAUGUAAUAAAAGUCACAGCAGGUCUAGAAAUCCUUAUCAUCCAUUCAGUUGGUAGAAUUCCUGGUAACCAGUGCCUAAACUGUUGCUAUGGGUUGCUAGACCUGAUUCAAACUUUGUGACUGUUUAGGUGUGUUUCCCUGUUGUAAUCGCUCAUUUCACUGGACAAUUCUCAGUAAGCAGGCUCCGCCCUGUUAUAGUGCAUCGAUACUUUUAAUAGGAAACAUGGUAUAAUCUAUAAAGAGGCUAAAUGAGGCUAAUGAAUAUAUAAUUCAAAUGAAUUGUUUUAUUGCACUCCCAAAUGCAAGACAAUAUUCCAAUGAAAAUUCAGUAUUCUGCCUGCAUGAGGAUAUAUACUUCUCUUUUAUGCCCUCUGUCUCUUUAAAAUUUUCAGGGAAUCAAACCCUAAAAAUUAAUAUGGCAACAUCCUAAAUUCUGUAUACUGUACUUACUCAGCCAGGAGGUUUAGCAUAUAAAAGUAAUGAGCCAGGCCUUCAACCAGCUCCUCUUCUUGAACCUUUUUAGGCCAUGUUGUGAGUGUCAUUGGCACUGCACAUGCUCAGUGUGCUCUGGGCUGCUGUUGAGAAGUUAAACUUCUUGUCUAAAAUAAAAAAAAAGAAUAAAGUGCUGAGCUAUAGAUGUCCUUUAAUUUUAGAUUUAAAGGACUCUACUACUAGCCCUAUGUCAGUUUUCUUGUUGGUAUCUAACAAUCGGGGUUUGAUUUACUGUGCUACAUUGCACAACUGCCCAUGUUUAGAUUCUUACUUUCAUUUUCUUACUUUUAGCAUGUUGGUGGGGAUUUUUACAAGUGCUACACUGAGAAAGUGACUCAAAAUCUUGUAUUGUAAAGAAUCAGCAGGAAGGGUUAUCAGUGGAUAAAAGUAUAAAUGAUGGUCUCUCACUAUUUUUUUUUUACUAUUCUUUGGUUCAAUAUACCAAGCAUAAAUUUAGAGAACUAAUUAAAGUUGGCUUACCAGAUCACUGAAAAAUUUAGAGACAUGUCUAGAAAAUCCAGCUAAAAGCUGGACACCCAAUCAGCACCCUAACUUAUUGUCACUCUGAACCAGGGUUUCAUUGUACCUAAAUGUUAUUCCAUUAUCCUCCUUAUAUACAGUAUACAAUAUAUUGUAGCUAUUCAACCAAAUAUGGAUUAACAAAGUGACACCAACCCCUUCCCAUUAUGAUUUUUUAGAACAUAUAAACAACAUAUAGACAACUGUUCUAGAAAAAUAAACAUGGCUUCCAAUACCUUUUUUAAUUUAGCAAAUAAUAAAAGUACAAAUAAGGUUAUAUUUGCAUUAUCUAUAUCACCAGAUUUCCCUAUUUUAUGGAUCUUCCAGUGCCUCCUUUGGGUGUUUUAUUCCUCAUUCUGUUUAUAUUAGUGCUGCCUCAUGCUUGUGGCUUCCUAAUGCAAUAAUGUACAGAGUAUAAACAUUACUAGCUGAAUGAUAGCCCUUUAUUUCAUCUGAUGGAAACAAGGUGUAAUUCUGGAUCCAGCAAGCUAGCAGCGGUGAGAGAUGUUACAGCAGCACAUAAGGCAACAGAGCACAAUAGAAUGCCUUCGAAGCACAGUCAUUUAGAACAUUUUAUUCUGCCGUUAGAAAUGGUUUCAAUCUCUGUGUAAUUUUGUAAUGUAUCUUUUCAAUAAAACAUGUUAAAAUGUA